AUGGCAGAAAACGUGCAAGUCAGUGUUAAGAUCAACAAUGAGGCUAUAGAUGAUAGGGUUGAGGACCUUGUUGAAAUUAAAGACACGGAUUGUCUUUGUGCGGAUGUACAUAAAGAUGGUGGUUCCAAAGAAAAUGAUGAUAAUGCUUAUGCAACUCUUUUAUCAUUAAAAGAAAGAAAGAAAGAGGUGUUGGUGCCAUGGGGACAGGGAGGAGAAAAAAAGAAUGAUGAGAAAGUGUAUGCUCGGAUAAAUGAAACAGCCAUCACAGCCUUCAUCUUGCUGGGAUUUGGAGAUCAGCCUGAACUGCAGAUUCUAUUUUUCUUACUAUUUCUGAUCAUUUACUUUAUAACCAUGACUGGGAAUCUUCUCCUUGUUAUUUUGGUUGCAACUGAUAGGCGUCUUCAUACCCCUAUGUAUUUUUUUCUGGGGAACUUAUCCUGUCUGGAGGUUUGCUAUACCUCAACCAUUCUGCCCAGAAUGCUGUCCAGCUUUGUAACUGGGAAUAGAAGCAUAACAUUCUCUGGUUGUUUUAUACAGUUGUAUUUAUUUGGGUUCCUGGUGACUACAGAAACAUGUCUCCUAUCUGUCAUGUCUUAUGAUAGGUAUUUAGCCAUUUGCAAACCACUGCAAUACCACUUCUAUAUGAAUAAUAAGAUCUGUAUCUCUUUAGCAACUGGGUCUUGGGUAAGAGGUUGUUUUUCUGUCUCAAUAGUGGUCACAUGGUUGGCACAGUUAACAUACUGUGGCUUCAAUGAAAUUGACCAUUUUUAUUGUGAUUUUGUACCUUUGAGUAAGCUAGCCUGUGGUGAUACUUUACUGUUUAUUGAAGUCGCCUUUAUGUUAUCUUCUCUAUUUACAUUUCCUUUAUUUAUGUUGACCAUGACAUCUUACAUUUUCAUCAUAUCAGCCAUUUUGAGAAUCCCUUCCACUUCUGGGAGGCAAAAGGCAUUUUCCACUUGUUCUUCUCAUCUAAUUGUUGUUUCCAUGUUCUAUGGAUCAUUAAUGAUUGUUUACCUCCUGCCAGAUGACUCCCUAAUGCGAAGUUCAACCAAAGUUUUCUCUGUAUUCUAUACCAUCCUCACUCCUAUGGUCAAUCCCCUCAUAUACAGUUUGAGGAACAAGGAAGUGAAGGAGGCUUUGAGAAAAUUAUCCCAGAUGUUACCGCUAGGCUUCCGAAAUCUAAACCACAGUUUCUCCAUCUGA